AUGGCCGACAGGGAGACCACGAAGAAGCGGCCGCUCGACGAAGCCCGCCAAACCCACGAGCAGGGCCCUGGUGACAAGCUAGCCACCUUAGCUGGCCAGAUUGAGUUCUUUGAGGAGCUCGCAGGAGAGGAAGGCCCGCCACCCGACGCAAAGAAGCCUGCCAAAGUCCACAGCCUCACGCAGAACACCACCCACCGCAAGAUCAGGGUCGGGCCGGAGCACCAGGCCGUGCUGCCGCCCCUGCCAGCUCUCAAGAAGUGA